UGGAGAGCUGUUCGGAUGAGUGACGUUGCCGGCCAAGUUGGACUCUCCUGUCCUUGAUUCUUCCUUUUUCUCAGUUACAGAUAUCCGGGCUGUUGAAUUGCAGCGUCUGUGUUAAGGAGCUGCUGCUGCUGCUGCUCAGUAAAGUGUCGACUUGUCAUGGUGAGGUAAGGUGGCCCGGAAUAGUAAGGUAGCGGCGACAGUCGCCAAUUUCACUUCGGCGAGAUGUCCUCUGUGAGCCCUCGGAAAUCAAUCGACAGCUUAGCUUCGGCUGCCUCAACUCCUUCUUUAUCGCAGUUUUCCUUCAGCCAGAUCGAGUCACCGCGGGUCCCGCCUCAGAGGUCCCCCCUGAGAAGAGGCUCGACUGCCAGCUCGAUCGUGAGCAUAGGAGGAAUCCUCGACUCGUCUAACCGUCAUGGCUCGAUAGCGGAGUCGGGGCAGAAUGCUAUUUCUACUCUUCUCCAACCUCCGAUUGUCCGCACUGGUCUCGCGCCUCAUACGUCGACAGCGCCCGGCGGCUACAAACCUCCUAGCACUCGAGAUAUACCCCCAGUGACCUUGACUAAUAUUCCACAUGUGGACCGCAAAGAGUUUGAGCCGUACCUAUCUCAAGUUGGGUCGCUCUACGAUGUCUUCCAGCAAGCGAAAGAAGGUGGUGGAGAUCAGGAAUCACAGCUUGCCCGGGGGGGAGCAAAGACGCCUACAAAGCCGGAUGAUUAUGAAUCUUUAAUCCCAAGAUCUCGGGAACGCCGGCCUUCAGGAAUCUCAUCUAGUUCUCGUGCAAGCUCUCCAUACGGAUCACAAGGCCGGAGGCGCUCCUCGCACCGUGGUCGCGGCCACGCGGUCAGCCCUUUGUCCACAAUUCCGCCUGUUUAUUUUGAAGAUGAUUUCCACCUGGAGAAUCCCCGAACAUUUGAUGUGGUAUCGGAAAGAUCUGAGGUUGUGACACCACCCCAAGCACCAAGCAAGGACGAUCAGAUAAAUGCUGUACCGGAACCUGUUCAACCAGGCAGAAAGGCACUUGCUACGAAUGCAAUCUUACAGGAGAAAUUGUCAUGGUACAUGGAUACGGUGGAAAUCCACCUCAUUUCCUCGAUUUCGACUGCUUCGAAGUCUUUCUUCACCGCACUCGGGUCUCUUCGUGAACUACAUGCAGAAGCUGCCGACUCCGUACGGCGGAUCCAGGUCCUGCGGAAGGAUCUUCAAAAGAUCGAUAAAGAAAUGGCACUAGGGGGGCUGAAGGUCGUGAAUUUGCGGCGCAGAAGGGAGAAUGUUCGGAUGCUCUCGGACGCGGUUUCCCAGCUUCGAGAUGUAGUUCAAUCGGUUACCCGGUGCGAGGAAUUGGUCGAGGACGGGAACAUCGAGGAGGCAGCUGAUGGGCUUGAAGAGGUAGAGAAGCUGAUGGCUGGGGACUAUAUGCCUGAUCAGCCCGGCAAGUCGCAAGAGGAAUCUCGAAGAACAGUCGACCUCCGGCGUCUUAAGGCUCUAGAGGGCGCUUCAAAUGAACUGGAUCGCUUGAGAUACCAGAUUGGGACGGGUUAUGAGAAUCGUUUCUUAAACGAACUUCUUGCAGACCUCCGACACCACGUUGAUAGUGUGCCCCUAGACGUCACACUGCAAAGAUGGGGGUCUUCAUUCCAGCGACAACGCGGAGCCCAGCGGUCUGGAAUAACAGAGCCGCCUGCAUACAUGUCGAUCGACGACAAGUUACGAACGCGAUUACAUGUUCAUCUCACUGGUCUUGCAAGGGUACACCACACAGCAUCGGCUGCGACCGCGUUCAAGACAGCCGUGCUGCGAGAGAUGAAGAGCUUAAUUCGCAAACAAAUGCCAAGCUCCAACGAUGAUGAUAAUGAGUCGAUGUUGUCUAUUUCUACCCACCGGUCCCACCAGCUUAGCUCUCAGGAGAAAUCGUCCAUCCUGGCCCGUAAUCUUCGAGCUCUCGAUGCAGAUGAUGCAUACAAUAUGCUAGCACAGGUCUAUUCCGGCGUCAGUGAGUCGUUACGCAGACUAAGUGUCCAGGUCAAAGUCCUCCUUGAUAUUGCGAGUGGAUUGCCACCGAACAGCUCAAAGUCUCCUGCGGACAAUGGGCCGGACUCCCGAGUGCCAGCGCACGUUUUGGCCCAAGAUGAAAUUCUACAGGUUCUUGAUAUGUCGAGCCUCCUCGGCCAAGCAGUUGACAUUGCUCAAUCCCAGGCAACCAAGGUUCUCAAGGUUCGGUCCGAACAGACGGCUAGCUUGCAGAAGGAAGACUUCUUAAAAUAUUUCACUCUAAAUCGUCUUUUCGCAGACGAGGGCGAGGCGAUUUCGGGCAGAAGUGGAGCGGCUUUGAAGACUGUCGUGAGCAAUCAAAUCCGGGAUUAUAUUACCCGCUUUGGCGAUAAACAGCGACACCGUAUAGUGGAAGUGAUGGAUUCUGACCGAUGGGAUGCAAAGGAUUUCGGCGAGGCGGAGACCGCUGUUCUCGCCCGCAUUCUGAGCUCGAGCACGAGGGAUGUUGAAGCUUGGUUAGAUGCCUCCAAGAUCUGGGUGGCUAAAGAUCAAAGCCAGGCUACCCCGACGACGGAUUCCACCGCAGUGAACGGCUCGGGUAAAGACAAGAUCCGUACUGCAGUGAUUGAUGAACAAAAGUAUAUCCUGUCUGAAUCUGCAAUUACGAUGAUGAGGAGUCUUGAGGAAUAUCAAUUUCUCAUGGCAAAUAUUCCCAGCAUGAUCCCGGAGAUCGCAUCUGGACUUCUGGAGUCUUUGAAGCUGUUCAACUCACGAUCCUCUCAGUUAAUCUUGGGAGCCGGUGCGACAAGAAGCGCUGGCUUGAAGAAUAUUACCACCAAGCACCUUGCCUUGUCUUCCCAGGCCCUCAGUUUCAUUAUCGCCUUGGUUCCUUAUCUCAGAGAGUUCGUCCGCCGUCAUUCGCCUCCUAUCUCCCUGAUGGCCGAUUUCGAUAAAGUCAAGCGUUUAUAUCAAGAACACCAGUCGGGAAUCCAUGAGAAACUGGUAGACAUUAUGGGCUCCAGAUCUAACGUGCAUGUGAAUGCGAUGAAGAAGAUUGACUGGGAUUUUGGUCCUGGGUCUGGCGUGAACGCGUAUAUGGAGACCUUGACAAAGGAAACGGGCACCUUGCAUCGGGUACUGAGCAAGCACCUGCCAGAAAUGACAGUCAUGAUGAUCAUGGACCCGGUGUUUAAGAGCUACCGAGAGCAGUGGACCCGGGCGUUUGACGAAGCGGUUAUCAAGUCGGAGACGGGAAAGCAGGGACUGCGACGUGACGCAGAGUAUUUCCAGACGAAAUUGAGCAAGAUAGAUGGUUUUGGAGAUCUGGGUGAGCGAUUGCUAGAAUUAAUUGAUCAGAAGACGAUAGAAACCGGAGGCAAGGAAAACGUCUCUGGUGACGAUACUUCCUCAAAGGGUUCGCCCAAGCCACAGGACGAGAGCAAGGUCUAAGCUGGCGAGCUUCAACCUGCUAAUAAUAAUAAUCAUAAUUUAUAUUAUAUAUAUACGUAUUAUCGUUUUUCUUC